UGCUGCCUGGCUUACUGUAUUCUCCCAGCCUCCUGACUGUCUAUUUUGGAUUCCGGCAUAUGCAAUUUCUUUUGUCUUUUACCUUCUCUAAGGCAUUAUUACGAAUGUCAUGUCAGGUUCAUAUUUGGUUCAGCUCAUGGUAACCACAAAUGUUGGCAAAUGUUAGUCUGUGCUGCUGACACAACUAAAGUGAAUUUAAUAUAAACAGGAAUUAGUCAGUAGAUAGCCAUUGGAAAAAAAAUGACAAUUUAGUUGAUUAAAUGAGUAGGAGAUAUGGGAGAAAAUCAGGCUUAGCAGUCAUUAUGAAUAGCUUAAACAGGACAGGCCACAAGCACUUGCACACCUGCCUUCUUCUUAGUCCCUUUGGAAUGAGGAUGCCUUGCUUUUCCUUCAGUUUGAUGUUUCCAAGUAAGCUGAUAAGUCCAUUAUGUGUUCUGCAAAAUCUGCCACAUAAAUGGCAAGUUGUGCCUGAAAUGUUGGUUUGACAUGGUUGUUUGAAGGUUUGUGCACUUCCUUCAAACUCUCAACUUUGCCUCUUUAUGUUCCCAACGUAGUUCCUCAAUGUGUUUUAAUGGCAUUUUUAAUAAGCCAUCUCCGUAAGUUAGCCGGUAUUUUUGACCUGUUAAGGGAUGUUUGGAGGACAUUCUUAAAGUAUUUACACUGCUCUCCAGGGAGCCCCCUGCCAUCUAUGACAAAUAGAACAGCUGCUUUGCUUUAGCACACAUACAAACGUCAAUGACAGUUCUUGUAGCAUCAUGAUUGUGUAUCCACCUUUGGGCCAAAAGGGCUUUGUUUGAGUCCAGAGGCACGUCAUAACAUGCCUGAGCAGGUUGAUUAAACUUAUCUACAAUGACAUACUCUGUCUAGGGCUGCUGGUCCUGAGUGAUUUGCAACCUCAGUGCUGGGAAGUCUCACUGUGAGAGAAUACUGCUGUUAGUCUACCUUUCUUACGACCAAAUUCAAAGGAAUUCCACCCUUCUUAACAUAGCAAGGCUGCAGCGCAGGAGGCCAUUCAGUCCAUCUUAUCUGUAACAACCCUGUCAGAACCCCACGCCCCCGCAAAUGCUUAUUCUUCAGGUAGCUAUUCAAGUAUGUUUUGAAAGCCUAAAGAAAAGCUGCUGUUGUCGUCGCCAACGUUUGUUCCAAACUGACUGGAAUCUGUUUCUGGAACAUUCCGGGCGCUCACCUGGUGACGUCAGGUCGCCGACGUCAGGUGCGUUGCUCUCGCAAGAUGGCGGCUAUCCUCAGGAUGUUUUGAAGUUGCGGUAAGAGCUGACCAUAUCAAGCGGCUCAGGAUGGACGACAGCUCUCUGUCGGACUCUGAGAGGCUGUCGGGGGAGCGCUGGGCUCCGGUGGGAGCGGUGGCUAGCCCCGAGGAGACGGAGAGGGCUGCCGUCCCCACCGAGGUAGGCCUGGUAUGCGGCGGCGCUGGGGUGGCGGUGAUGGCGGAGAAGAUGCAGCGGCUGGAGAGCGAGCAGGAGCUGCUGAACUCCUCACUGCUCGCCCUCACCUCGCAUUUCGCCCAGGUCCAGUUCCGCCUCAAGCAGAUCGUCAAUGCGCAGAGUGAUGAGAAGGAGCGACUGUUGAAGGAGCUGGAGGACUUCGCCUUCAAAGGCUGUCCACAACCUUUUAUCACCCGGGGUCUGGACGGGCAGCAGCUGGACAAUGCGGAAGGUUUGACUGAAAGGGAAAAACUUGAAAGACUUGAGGCCCAACGGCAGAAACAGAAAGAGCUGAUUAUACAGCUAAAGACACAGCUGGAUGACUUAGAGACGUUUGCUUACCAAGAGGGCAGCUAUGAAUCCCUCCCUCAGUCAAUAGUCCUAGAACGGCAGCGGGUAAUUAUCGAUGAAUUAAUUAAGAAGCUAGAUGUAAAUCUAAAUGAAGAUUUUAGCAGUUUAUCACCAGAAGAACUCCGACAACGUGUUGAUGCAGCAAUUGCCCAAAUUGUGAAUCCAGCAAGAGUGAAGGAACAGCUGGUGGAGCAGCUUAAAACUCAGAUUUGUGACCUUGAAAUGUUCAUCAACUUUCUUCAGGAUGAGGUUGGAAGCCCUCCGCAGGCUCAGAAUGGAAAGUGCACAUGCAAUGUGCACGGAAUGAAAGAUUCUCGGGCAUCAACUGCAAAACUGUCAGGUGGAAGGCAUCAUGUGGAUCAAGAAACAGCUAGAACGAUGAGAGAGACUGGGUUAAACCUUGUGCGCAGAGCAUUGGCAAUAUUGCAAAUAUUUGCUGUUAGUCAGUUUGGAUGUGCUGCUGGUCAGAUCCCACGUGGAAUGUGGCAGCCUGAUGAAACAGACAAGGACUACAGUCCCCUGUUACUGAAACUAGAAGGUGCUGUAGAUAAAGUGAAACAGCUGGCAUUGAGACAUCAACAGGUUGACGAGCAUGUAAUCAGUAGCCGUGACUUUUAUCUUGGGAAGAAUGAACUUAUAACAGCUGUGCGAAAAGAAUUGUCAAUAGCUCUCAGAGAUCUGAUGAGCCAUGGUUUAUAUGCCUCCUCUCAAGGAAUGAGUUUGGUCCUAGCACCAAUUGCUUGCCUCCUUCCCUCAUUCACAACCUCUCCACAAACCAUGCAUCCCUGGCAACUUUUUGUGAAGUACUAUAAUACCAGAAAUGGUAGAGCUUUUGUAGAGUCUCCUGCUCGCAAGCUGUCUCAAUCCUUUGCCUUGCCAGUGACUGGGAGUGGCAUUGUAACUCCAAAACAAAGUUUACUCGCUGCAGUACACACUGUGCUCACCGAACAUGAUCGUUACAAGCGCAGUGCAGAUUCGGAGUUUAAGGCCUUAAUAUGCAUGGCAUUGAAUGAACAGCGUUUGGUUUCCUGGGUAAACCUGAUUUGUAAAUCAGGAACACUUAUCCAGAGUCACUACCAGCCAUGGAGCUAUAUGGCAUCUACUGGGUUUGAGAGUACACUCAAUUUACUCAGUCGUCUUAGCAACCUGCACUUCAGCCUUCCGGUUGACACUGCAGUUCGACAACUAAAAAAUAUCAAAGAUGCUUUUUAAUGUUUCCUGUGUAUAUAUUUUAUCCUAUGAAAGAUUAAUUGUAAAUGUUUAGAUCCAUUGCAAGAUUAUACCUCUUUCUAUGAUUACAUGGCCUUGACUGAAAGUUUGAAGUAUGAUGAACCCCACAAGAUCAAUUACAAUUGUAUUUUAAAUCAAAGAUAUAAAUUACUGUUAAAACUUAAUUGAUGGGAUUUUAAUAUUUGUAAAAUUACAGGUUGCUCAUCACAGUUCUCUUUGAAAUAUAGGAUGUUCUUUCCUGAACGAUGGUGUUAUCAGCAACUUGUGAUUAUGGCUAAUGUUAUAGGAAUUAGACCAUAAGACAUAGGAGUGGAAGUAAGGCCAUUCGGCCCAUCGAGUCCACUCCGCCAUUCAAUCAUGGCUGAUGGGCAUUUCAACUCCACUUA